AUGACGACCCUCCCCGUGACUGAUCCUUCAACAACCACCACCCAGAAGAAACUCACUCUCAUCCAACUCGUAUUUCUCAUAUACUUUGAAGUUGCUGGUGGCCCUUAUGGUGAGGAACCUGCCGUGAAGGCAGCCGGACCAUUCUUAGCCAUCCUCGGAUUUCUAAUCUUCCCUUUUGUAUGGAGUAUUCCAGAAGCUCUUGUCACCGCCGAACUCUCCACCACCUUCCUGGGGAACGGUGGUUUCAUCAUCUGGGCUCAUAAAGCGUUUGGUCCAUUCUGGGGAUCUUUAAUGGGAACUCUAAAAUAUGUCACAAGUGUUAUCAACUUGGCAGCAUUCCCAAUUCUUUGCAUUGACUACCUUGAAAAACUGUUCCCGAUAUUCGCCUCUGGAUUACCUCGUACCCUAGCACUCUCGUUUUUAAUCCUAUUACUUUCUUUCAUCAACUUCACUGGCUUGAAUAUCGUUGGUUAUGCCGCCAUUAUUCUGGGAGUCAUCUCUCUUUUUCCCUUCAUUCUCAUGUCGUGCAUUGCAAUCCCUCAAAUCCAACCACACAGAUUGUUAAGCAUGGGCCAAACGGGUGUCAAGAAGGAUUGGAACUUAUUAUUAAAUACGCUUUUCUGGAACUUAAAUUUCUGGGACACUGUUAGUACAAUGGCUGGAGAAGUUGAAAAACCUAAAAAGACUUUCCCGUUAGCACUCUUAUUUGCGGUGAUCUUGACUUGUUUGGGUUAUCUCCUCCCUCUCGUAGCUGUUACAGGUUCUGUUAUGGUUGAUCAAAACCAGUGGGAAUCUGGGUUUAUGGCGGUGGCAGCAGAGAUGAUAGCGGGAAAAUGGUUGAAGAUUUGGAUCGAGAUAGGAGCGGUUUUAUCGGCAAUAGGUUUGUUCGAAGCGUUAUUAAGCAGUUGUGCUUAUCAGAUUCUGGGUAUGGCGGAUUUAGGGUUUUUACCAAAGUUUUUUGAACGUAGAUCAAGAUGGUUCAACACUCCAUGGAUUGGGAUUUUGGUAUCAACUAUGAUUACUCUAAGUUUUUCUUAUAUGGAUUUUAGGGAUAUUAUAUCGUCUGCAAACUUUUUAUAUAGUCUAGGGAUGCUUUUGGAGUUUGCUUCGUUUCUGUGGCUUAGAAGGAAGUUUCCAACAUUGAAACGGCCGUUUAGGGUGCCAUUAAGGUUACCAGGGUUAGUGAUAAUGUGCUUAAUACCAUCUGCUUUUUUGGUGUUGAUUAUGGCUACUGCUACAAAGAUUGUGUUUCUGAUUGGCGGGUUGAUGACGUUUGGUGGUAUUUUAUGGUACUUUUUGAUGAAAUUAUGUAAAUCAAAGAAGUGGUUUGUUUUCAAGAAUGCUGAUGAACUUGAAGUUGGCGAAGAAGAGUAG